AAUAUACUGAAAACUUACAGGUUUUAGCAGACAUCUGCCUUAUUCUUGCAAUGAAGAAAGGUCCUCAGCAAAAAAUAUUCUCCAAAGCAAAGAUGCCACCAUCAUCUCAGUCUUCCAGUCCUUUGUCUCUUACAUCCAAUAUGAGAUCUAGGUCACUUUCACCUUUGAUUGGAUCUGAGACUCUGCCUUUUCAUUCUGAAGUACAGUGGUGUGAGCAAGUUGAGAUUACAGAUGAAAAUAAUGUACUUUUGGACCACCAAGACCAUAAAGGAGCUGAUUCACGUGCAGGAGUCCGAUAUAUUACAGAAGCCCUCAUAAAAAAACUUACUAAACAGGAUAAUUUGGCCUUAGUAAAAUCUCUGAACCUUUCACUUUCUAAAGAUGGUGGCAAGAAAUUUAGGUAUAUCGAGAAUUUGGAAAAAUGUAUUAAGCUUGAAGUAUUGAAUCUCAGCUAUAAUCUCAUAGGGAAGAUUGAGAAGAUGGACAAGCUGUUAAAAUUACAUGAACUCAAUUUAUCCUAUAACAAAAUCAGCAAGAUUGAAGGCCUAGAAAAUAUGUGUAAUCUACAAAAGUUAAACCUUGCAGGAAAUGAAAUUGAGCAUAUUCCAGUAUGGUUAGGGAAGAAGUUAAAAUCUUUACGAGUCCUCAAUCUGAAAGGCAACAAGAUAUCAUCGCUCCAGGAUGUAAGCAAGUUGAAACCACUUCAAGAUUUGACUUCUCUGGUUUUAGCUGAAAAUCCAGUUGUGACCCUUCCUCAUUAUCUCCAGUUUACCAUUUUCCACCUCCGUUCACUGGAAAGUUUAGAAGGUCAGCCAGUAACCACUCAGAAUAGACAUGAAGCUUUUGAGAGAUUCAACUUAGAAGAGAUAGAAAGACUAGAAAGAGAUCUGGAAAAGAAGAUGAUAGAAACUGAAGAACUUAAGAACAAACAAACAAGAUUCCUUGAGGAAAUUAAAAAUCAAGAUAAGCUGAACAAAUCACUGAAAGAGGAGGCCAUGUUACAAAAACAGAGCUGUGAGGAGCUAGAGAGUGACCUGAAUACGAAAAAUGAAUUGCUAAAACGGAAGACCAUGGAACUAACGCGAGCAUGUCAGAAGCAAUAUGAGUUAGAACAGGAAUUGGCCUUUUAUAAAAUCGAUGCCAAAUUUGAACCACUAAAUUAUUAUCCAACAGAGUAUGCUGAAAUUGAUAAAGCCCCAGAUGAAAGUCCUUACAUUGGCAAAUCAAGAUACAAGAGAAAUAUGUUCACCACAGAGAGUUACAUUGUUGAUAAUGCCCAGGCAGUACAGAUCAAGAAGAUGGAGCAAGAUGAAGGGGAACAAUCUAGAAAUGAGCAUGUGAACUUGAGAGCCCAUGCACCACUGGACAUACAACUGGAAGACAAAGAGAGAAAAAUAAGUUCAGCUCAAACACGACUAUCAGAACUGCAUAAUGAAAUAGAAAAGGCAGAGCAACAAAUUUUAAGAGCUACUGAAGAAUUUAAACAACUGGAAGAAGCUAUACAACUAAAAAAGAUUUCAGAAGCAGAGAAAGACCUUCUUUUCAAGCAGUUGAGUGGUAAGAUACAACUUCUAAAUAAAUUACGGCAGGAAGCUCUGGAUCUAGAAAUGCAGAUGGAAAAGCAAAGACAAGAAAUUGCUAAAAAGGAGGAGGAGAUCAAGGACCUGCAAAUAGUCAUAGAUAACUUGGACUCCAAAGACCCAAAGCAUUCCCAUAUGAAGGCUCAGAAAAGAGGUAAAGAACAACAGCUUGACAUUAUGAACAAGCAAUACAAACAACUCGAAAGCCGUUUGGAUGAGAUACUUACUAGAAUUGCCAAAGAGACUGAAGAGAUUAAGGACCUUGAACAACAGCUUACCGAAGGCCAGAUAGCAGCAAAUGAAGCCCUGAAAAAGGAUUUAGAAGGUGUCAUCAGUGGAUUGCAGGAAUACCUGGGGACCAUCAAAGGUCAGGCAACUCAGGCCCAGAAUGAGUGCAGGAAGUUACAGGAUGAGAAGGAGACAUUGCUGCAGAGAUUGACUGAAGUCAAGCAGGAGAGGGACCAACUGGAAAUAGUUGCCAUGGAUGCAGAAAAUAUGAGGAAGGAGCUUGCAGAGCUGGAAAGUGCUCUCCAGGAACAGCACGAAGUGAAUGCCUCCUUGCAGCAGACCCAGGGAGAUCUCAGUGCCUAUGAAGCUGAACUAGAGGCUCAGCUAAAACUGAGGGACGCUGAAGCCAGCCAGCUCAAGGAUGAGUUGGACAGAUUAACAAGACUUACUCAGUUAGAACAAUCGGCCCUUCAAGCAGAACUUGAGAAGGAAAGGCAAGCCCUCAAGAGUGCCCUUGGAAAAGCCCAAUUUUCAGAAGAAAAGGAACAAGAGAAUAGUGAGCUCCGCACAAAACUGAAACAGCUGCAGGAUGACAAUAACCUGUUAAAGCAGCAACUCAAAGAGUUCCAGAACCACCUUAACCAUGUGAUUGAUGGUUUAAUUCGUCCAGAAGAUGUGGCAGCUCGUGUGGAUGAGCUGAGGAGAAAACUGCAAUUAGGAGCUGGGGAAAUGAGAAUCCAUAGUCCUUCAGAUGUCUUAGGGAAAAGUCUUGCUGAUCUACAGAAACAAUUCAGUGAAAUCCUCGCACACUCCCAAUGGGAAAAGGAGGAAGCACAAGUUAGAGAGAGAAAACUCCAAGAAGAAAUGGCUCUGCAGCAACAGAAACUGGCAAACGGGCAAGAAGAGUUCAGGCAGGCCUGUGAGAGAGCUCUUGAAGCACGAAUUAAUUUUGAUAAGCGGCAACACAAAGCAAGAAUCCAGAAGUUGGAAAAUGAAAUUCACUAUUUACAAGAAAAUCUAAAAAGUAUGGAGGAAAUCCAAGGCCUUACAGAUCUCCAACUUCAAGAAGCUGAUGAAGAAAAGGAGAGAAUUCUGGCCCAACUCAAAGAGUUAGAGAAAAAGAAGAAACUGGAAGAUGUCAAAUCUCAGGAGCAGUUUCUGGGUUUAGAUAAAGAACUGAAAAAGCUAAAGAAAGCUGUGGCUGCCUCUGAUAAGCUCGCUGCAGCUGAACUCACCAUUGCCAAAGACCAGCUUAAGUCUCUUCAUGGAACAGUGAUGAAAAUUAAUCAGGAGCGAGCAGAGGAGUUGCAGGAAGUGGAGAGGUCCAGCAGAAAAGCAGCGCGAGCAGCUAGGGAUCUGACACGAGCAGAAGCGGAGAUCGAACUUCUGCAGAAUCUUCUCAGGGACAAAGAGGAGCAGUUUCGAACUGAGAUGGAGAAAGCAGAUUUAGAUACUGAAGCAGCAAACUCACAGGUGCUUGAAAUCGAGAAACUGAAUGAGACAAUGGAGAGACAAAGGACAGAAAUUACAAGGCUGCGGAAUUUACUAGACCUCACUGGGGCCGACAAUAAAGGAGGCUUUGAAAAUGUUUUAGAAGAAAUUGCCGAACUCCGACGUGAAGUAUCCUGUCAGAAUGAUUACAUCAGCAGCAUGGCAGAUCCUUUCAAAAGAAGAGGCUAUUGGUACUUCAUGCCACCGCCACCACCAUCAUCAUCAAAAGUCUCCAGUCAUAGUUCCCAGGCCACCAAGGACUCUGGUGUUGGCUUAAAGUACACAGCCUCGACUCCUGUUAGAAAACCAGGUCCUGGGCAACAAGAUGGGAAAGAAGGUGGUGGGCCUCCACCUGCCUCUGGGUACUGGGUGUAUUCUCCCAUCAGAAGUGGGUUACACACAUUGUUACCAAAUAGAGAUGCUGACAGUGGAGGAAAUAGUCAGGAAGAAAGUGAGCCAGAUGACCAAGAUGAAUCCCCAUUUGUACCUCCUCCUGGAUACAUGAUGUAUACCGUGCUUCCAGAUGGUUCUCCUGUACCCCAAGGCAUGGCUCUGUAUGCACCUCCUUCAUCAUUGCCCAACAACAGCCGACCUCUCACUCCUGGCACCAUUGUUUAUGGUCCACCUCCUGCUGGGGCUCCCAUGGUCUAUGGGCCUCCACCUCCCAACUUCUCUGUCCCCCUCAUCCCUGUGGGUGUGUUGCAUUGCAACGUCCCGGAGCACCAUAACUUAGAGAAUGAAGUUUCUAGGUUAGAAGACAUAGUGCAGCAUUUAAAAUCAAAGAGACGGGAGGAACGGUGGAUGCGAACAUCCAAACAACAGUCUGAGAAGGAACUGGAAGAACUACAUCAUAAUAUCGAUGGUCUCUUGCAAGAGAAGAAAGACUUAGAGCAUGAAGUGGAAGAAUUACAGAGAACCCUCCAGAAAUCUCAUCAGCAAAAGGACUUCAUCGAUGGAAAUGUUGAAAGUCUUAGGACUGAACUAGAAAUAGAAAAAUCAUUCAAAUACCAUGAAGAUAUUGUUGAUGAAAUUGAGUGCAUUGAAAAGACCCUUCUGAAACGUCGCUCAGAGCUCAGGGAAGCCAAUCGACUCUUGGCAGAGGCUGAGAGUGAACUAUCAUGCACAAAAGAGAAGACAAAAAAUGCUGUUGAAAAGUUCACUGAUGCCAAAAGAAGUUUAUUGCAAACCGAGUCAGAUGCUGAGGAAUUAGAAAGGAGAGCUCAGGAAACUGCUGUUAACCUUGUCAAAGCUGAUCAACAGCUAAGAUUGCUCCAGGCUGAUGCAGAGGAUUUGGAGCAGCACAAAAUCAAGCAAGAAGAAAUCCUGAAAGAAAUAAGCAAAGCUGUAGCAACAAAAGAUUCAGACUUCCAGUGUUUAAAUAAGAAGAAGGAAAAACUGACAGAAGAGCUUCAGCAACUGCAGAAAGACAUUGAGGUGGCUGAACGCAGUGAGGAUCACCACCUACAGGUCCUUAAAGAAUCGGAGACCCUCCUUCAGGCCAAGAGAGCUGAGCUAGAAAAGCUGAAAAACCAGGUGACAAGUCAGCAACAGGAGAUGACUGUCUUGGACAGACAGUUAGGGCACAAAAAGGAAGAGCUGCAUCUACUCCAAGGAAGCCUGGUCCAGGCCAAAGCAGACCUUCAGGAAGCUCUGACACUGGGAGAAACUGAAGUAGCUGAGAAGUGCAGUCACAUUAGGGAAGUAAAAUCUCUUCUUGAAGAAUUGAGUUUUCAGAAAGGAGAACUGAAUGUCCAAAUUAGUGAAAAGAAAAAUCAGCUUGCACUUGUAAAGCAGGAAAUUGAAAAAGAAGAAGAAAAUCUUCAGGUAGUUUUAGGACAGAUGUCUAAAUAUAAAGCUGAACUAAAGAAUAUUCUGGACAUGUUGCAACUUGAAAGCAGUGAAUUACAAGGUUUGAAGCUACAGCAUAACCAAAAGGUGUCUGAGUUAGAGAAGAUUCAAGUCGAAGUGCUAGAGGAGAAACUGGAGUUAGAGAAUUUGCAGCAAACAGCCCAGCGACAAAAAGGGGAAAUAGAGUGGCAGAAGCAGCUUAUCGAGAGGGACAGACGGGAAAUAGAGCGAAUGACUGCUGAGACUCACGCAUUACAAUCAUGUGUUGAGUGUUUGAGCAAAGAAAAGGAAGAUCUCCAAGAUAAAUGUGACAGUUGGGAAAAGAAGCUGGCACAAACCAAAAGAAUUUUAACAGCUGCAGAAGAAAAUAGCAAAAUGGAACAAUCAAACUUAGAAAAGUUGGAGUUGAAUGUCAGAAAACUACAGCAGGAACUAGACCAGCUAAACAGAGACAAGCUCUCACUGCAUAAUGACAUUUCAGCAAUGCAGCAGCAGCUCCAAGAAAAACGAGAAGCAGUAAACUCACUACAGGAAGAACUAAUUCAUGUCCAAGACCACUUGAACCUAGCAAAACAGGAGCUGCUUCACACUACCAGCCGCCAGGAUGUACUGCUGGGUGAGCAGACCCAGCUCCAGAAGGACGUCAGCAAAUGGCUAGAGAGGUUUGAAAACUGCCAAAAAGAAGGGGAGACAAAACAACAGCAACUUCAAGUGCUUCAGAAUCAGAUUGAAGAAAGCAAGCUCAAAGUAGUUCAACAAGAAAUGAUGUUUCAAAAACUCCAGAAAGAGAGAGAAAGUGAAGAAAAAAAAUUAGAAGCCAAUAAAAUGACACUAAAGGAACAGCAGCACCAACUGGAAAAGGAAUUAAUAGACCAGAAAAGAAAACUGGACCAGGUGCUCACACAAGUGUUGGUGGCAGAAGAGCGUGUCAGGACUUUGCAGGAAGAGGAGAGGUGGGGUGAGACUCUGGAGAAGACGCUGUCCCAAACCAAACGGCAGCUUUCAGAACGGGAGCAGCAAUUAAUGGAAAAGUCAAAUGAGCUACUGGUUCUUCAGAAAGAGACAGACUCUAUGAGGGCAGACUUUAGCCUGUUGCGGAACCAGUUCUUGACAGAAAGAAAGAAAGCCGAGAAACAGGUGUCCAGCCUGAAGGAAGCACUUAAGGUGCAGCGAAGCCAGCUGGAGAAAAACCUUCUUGAGCAAAAACAGGAGAACAGCUGCAUGCAGAAGGAAAUGGCAACAAUUGAACUGGUAGCCCAGGACAAUCAUGAGCGGGCCAGGCGCCUGAUGAAGGAGCUCAACCAGAUGCAGCACGAGUACCUGGAGCUCAAGAAACAGAUGGCAAACCAAAAAGAUUUGGAGAGAAGACAAGUGGAAAUCAGUGAUGCAAUGCGAACACUUAGAUCUGAAGUGAAAGAUGAAAUCAGAACCAGCCUGAAGAAUCUCAACCAGUUUCUUCCAGAACUACCAGCAGAUCUAGAGGCUAUUUUGGAAAGAAAUGAAAAUCUAGGAGAGUUGGAAAGCUUGAAAGAGAACUUCCCAUUCACCAUGAAUGAGAAACCUUUUGAAGAAAAGCCGAACUUUUCCCAAGUUCAUAUAAUGGAUGAGCAUUGGCGUGGAGAAGCACUCCGAGAGAAACUGCGUCACCGUGAAGAUCGGCUCAAGGCACAACUGCGACACUGUAUGUCUAAGCAAGCAGAAGUUCUGAUUAAAGGAAAGCGGCAGACAGAGGGCACUUUGCACAGUUUGAGGAGACAAGUAGAUGCUUUAGGGGAAUUGGUCACCAGCACUUCUGCAGAUUCAGUGUCAUCACCCAGUCUGUCUCAACUGGAGUCUUCCCUUGCAGAGGACUCUCAUCUGGGACCAAGUCAGAGUUCCUUCCAACAAGUUCUCCAAGGUCCAGCAGAACCACCGAACAGUUACCAACACUGAUGCCAUUCCUAACUUCCUGCUCACAGGGAAAAAAAAUGGCUUGGCCAGACGAGGAAUAGUGUCUUGCAUAAAUGUAUCUGAGGAAAUCCUUCUUUACUACCUCGCUAACUGCACAAUUGGAAUACCACUUGGUUUUUAUCAAGAUCCAGUGAAUUCAGAUGCUGAAAUUCCACUGUAGUUUACUUUGCUUGUACCACUAAUGCCAGGGUUUUUGUAAAUCACUUGUAUAUAUGGGAAUAGUUGUAUACAAUUUAAACCGGAGUCCUAGACAGCUGGGUUUUUUUUUAAUCUUUGGAAUAUGUUUUUAUAAAACAAUGCUGAUUUAAACUGAAUGUUUGAAUCUAUAAACUGGUAAAUCUAGUUACAAAGAAAAAAGAACAUAAUUUAAGUCAUUUAUAUAGUGUCAAACGUUAUUUUUGGAUUCUGCUUUAAAUCUAUUUUUUUGUAUGGAAAUAAAAAAAAUGAAAUCAC